AUGCUGCUGCUGCUGCUGCUGCAGGUCUUGACCAGCUGCCUCUGGCUGGGACAUGGCGAGGUAGUGACAUCCUUGCAAAGUUCAUGCCCUCAGUUUUUCUUCCAGAAAACACCCCCGAAUUCAGCCCUAACACCUCAAAACCCAGCCUGGAUCUGCCAGCGUUAUGGGAACAAGUAUUACUUUGCCACCCUGUAUGACAGGAACCAGCGUAUUCCUGUGUACUCUGCUUACCUCUAUCAGCCUGGACCUGGCAAGAGACCUAACACAUGGUUGGUGGAGCCCCAGCUGAUGGGUCCAAAUUAUCCAAAAACUAUGGAAAAAGAGUGGACCCUCUUAAAUCAUUUCAAAGUCAGCUUAGAGCAACUCAGCAAGAGCCAAGCUGUCCUCCAAGACUACAAGAACCUGACAGGUUUAAACCGUGGUCAUCUGAACCCCAGUGGCCAUCAUGGCAACUCCAGCAGCAGGAGGGCUACCUUCACCCUGACCAACAUAGUGCCUCAGGAUGUGAAACUCAAUGGAGGAGCUUGGAAUAACUACGAGCAGCAAACGAUGAUGAGAAUGACCAAGGGCUGUAAAACCACCUAUGUCGUUGUGGGUGCUGUGCCUGGGAACAAAUAUAUUGCCAACAGAAGGGUUAAUGUACCCAGUUACAUCUGGUCAAGUGCCUGCUGUGAGGUGGACGCCAACAACAGGAAGGCCUGGGGGGUCAUUGCUGAGAACAACAGAAAUGAGGUCCAGCUCCUCACACUGGGGGAGCUGGAGGACUCACUGACUGUGCUCUAUGGGAGGGGCUCAGUUUCUCUGUUUCACGGUGCGUGUCCCCGGGAAUAA